AUGUUUUCAAGUGCCACCGAUGAUACUGUCAGUGAAGAAUUAAAAUCCUCAGUCAAUGUGGACGUCCUUCGUCUGCUGGCGGCCCGGUCUGCUGAGAUGAUGGCAUGCGAGGCGUCUCUGCACUUGGCGACUUCCCGCGCCGUUGCCCCACUCCAACGUCUGCCGGUGCGCCUGCGCAGACGUGCCGCCAGUCACCAAAUCAGGCGUCUUCCUCGUCGUCUGCAUUACAGACCGGUUCACGCAACGACCCAGAAGCUGCUGACGCAGGCCAAGAAGUGCCGGCGUUAUCGACGUCGCCCACGGCGUUUGGCGGCGCUUGCCGCAAGAAGAGCUCUUCUACCAACUACUGUGGCCUCGGGGGUCAAGUGGAUUCCCACCUCCCUCUGGCACGCCAAACGCUUCCACAUGGUGGAAAAUUGGGGCUGGCGCCUGCCCUACGCACCCACUGACAAGAUGUUCAAGGCCCUGCAAAGGGACACCACAGACCGAUGCUUCAUGCUGGACCUUGGAUAUAUGAACAGCUUCUCAAUUUCUGGCUCCUUGGGUCUGCUGAAACAAUGUCUUUCGGAGGUGACUCUUCCCUUCUACGUGUCUAGCGUCACCCCUGACGCCUCGUCGGAGUCUACUCUGCCCGGCUUCCACGAGACAGUUGCUCUCUUCUGUUGCGAAGCAGCACAAAACCGACAACCGACCGGUGUCGCUAGUCUCCCCAACAUAUCUCGCCCUAUUCUCGGACCUGUUCGCAUAUUAUGGGGUCCGGUAAUUCAGCAGAACGAGGCUGAACCAACUUCAACCGUCUGGCUCUGGCUUCAUCCCUGUAUGUCGUCGGAAGCCUGGAAACUGCUUUCCUCGCUUGACUACGUCUCCACGUCUUCCGAUGAAAACGCAGGUGGCGGUGGUGGUGGCAGCCUGAGACUCAGCGACUGUACAGGGCAUCUGUGCCGCCUGAAACUCGUUGGCCCCUUUGCCCACCAGGUGCUCGCGGACUUACUCAAACAACCGGCUACCCCACAGCCCGACUCAGCAGGUGAUUGGCCCUUGUGGCAGGCUCUUUGCGAAUACCAAAAGGCCGGUCUGGUCCCGUGUGGUUGCGGCAUUGGACUAAUCUGUAUACUACCCGGUGAUACCCGUGUUAUCCCGUUUAGGCCGCGUUUAAAACUGUACAACCGAAACUGGCUGAUUCCUGUGCCCGAGGCAGAUGAGGUCCCAAGUCGUCUGAAGGGCGGCUUUGUCCCAAACUCCCUCUCCGCGGGUGAACUAGCCAAACUCAAGCGACAACUCUGCUCUCCAACCUCUAACGCACUUCUUUCUCGGUGGUUCGCUUCACCGGAGCCCUGUUGUGCGCCGGAUGCCGGUAUUCCUGUAUUGCUGAUCCAGAAUGGAACCCCGCCCCUGGCCAGCCAGAAGUCUCAAUGCAUCGGUUGGGACAUCGUGAUGCCUCGUCAACUAAGGACCACCUCCACAGAGGACGGGACUACUCAGCCGACGUCGUCGUCGUCGGUGGAUACGUCGGCUCCCCGUGACCUUGUGAUAAGUUGUGUGUACCGCGGAGUGCGUGUUGGUGGGCUCCGGGAUCAGCUGCGAUGGGCGACCAUCACCACCGAGGGCGCCGGACGAGUUGACGCCUUCCCCUACGCUCUCUGGCCCGACACACCGGCAGCCCGCCUCGUCACAGACAACCACACGCAUCUGAAAGUUGGGCCAGCAGCCGACGGACGCCUGACGAGUGACGCUAAACGACGGGCACGAAUCAAAUUUCGCAACUCAGCGCCAACCUCCAAUGACUGGCUUCGCCUGAUGCAGUCGUGUCAGGUGGUACCAGAGGACGUCCAAGAUUCAUUUUACUUCGUGUUGCGGGACAAGGCCAUGCUCGUUUUGGUUGUUCGGCGUCUCCUGGCUGGUGACCCACAGGCCCGUCACCUGACCGUUGAACACAUGACGCGAUACGACCCCCUUCUACCCAGGGCGCUUAUCAUGGUAAAACUGGAGGCGGUCUCGCGUGGCAUUCCUGGACCAAGGGCCGAGAUUUUUGCGCCACUGAGCACAGACGAUCUUUCACUGGGCCCUAUUGCCGAAGACCCCGCCCGGAAGUUGUUAGGCUUUGUGGACGAGGGUGCCUACGCGUUUUCCCAUGGCUCCUGCGUAGCAGUGGGGUUCAUUAGUCUCGCCGCCGCGUGUUGCAUUCCUCUCACCGAGCGCCUUCCGAACGGGCUAAAAGUGGUUCUCUUCAGAAGCUCAAAAUCUGGCCAAUUGCAUAGUGCAAAGCUAACCGUUAUAAUCUAA